AUGGAGAGAUUGCAGGAAUUGAAUACUUUAUAUAAAAAACAAAGCUAAAAAGCUCAAUAAAGACGAGGUCAGAAUACAAUUCAUAUCACUGAUCAGAUGACUAAACCAAUAAAGUAAAAGAGAGUGCAGUCAAUCCAUGAUGUUUGA